UCUUUUCCAUCAAAACUGCUGUAUUGGUGGUUCAAUCGUUUAGUGCUUAUUGGAUGGAAGAGAAAUUUAACAGAGGCAGAUUUAUGGUCUCUGAAUGAAGAAGACUUAACAGAGAAUGUUGCACCAGUUUUUGACAAGUAUUGGCAUGAGGAACUUCUUAAACAUGAAAUUUAUAUCAGAUCAGCAUCUUACAGUCCAAAAAGAUCAAAUGAAGAGGUACAAAUUAGGAGUGAGAGAAAAGGCAAACCAUCAAUAGUUAAGGCUUUGAUUAAAACAUUUGGUCCAUAUUUUCUUUCUGGUGCUAUUUUCAAGUUAUUCCAUGAUCUUCUGCAAUUUGCAAGUCCAUUGUUGUUGCGGUCAUUAAUUGCAUUUGUUACCAGUAAUGAUCCUGUUUGGAAAGGAAUUUUAUAUGCUGUUACAAUAUUUGUCACUGCCACAUUACAGUCACUUAUGUUAGGUGUAUAUUUUCAUCGUAUGUAUAUAAUUGGUAUGAGAAUACGUACUGCAUUGAUUUCAAGUAUAUAUAGGAAGUCAUUGGUGCUGUCUAAUUUUUCACGUCGUGAAUCAACUGUAGGUGAGAUAGUUAACUUGAUGUCAGUGGAUGCUCAGAGAUUUAUGGAUUUAAUGGUCUUCAUUAAUAUGCUAUGGUCAGCUCCUCUGCAAAUCAUUUUGGCAUUAUUUUUUUUAUGGGAUGUUUUAGGUGUGUCUGUUUUAACUGGAGUAGUAGUAAUGAUUCUUGUGAUUCCUCUAAAUGGUUAUGCAGCUAAUGUUAGUAAAAAGUUACAGGUGAGUUUAUCCAUAUUUUUAUCAUUGGUGCUGUCUAAUUUUUCACGUCGUGAAUCAACUGUAGGUGAGAUAGUUAACUUGAUGUCAGUGGAUGCUCAGAGAUUUAUGGAUUUAAUGGUCUUCAUUAAUAUGCUAUGGUCAGCUCCUCUGCAAAUCAUUUUGGCAUUAUUUUUUUUAUGGGAUGUUUUAGGUGUGUCUGUUUUAACUGGAGUAGUAGUAAUGAUUCUUGUGAUUCCUCUAAAUGGUUAUGCAGCUAAUGUUAGUAAAAAGUUACAGGUGAAACAAAUGAAGAAAAAAGAUGAAAGAGUGAAGCUGAUGAAUGAGAUUUUAGGAGGAAUUAAAGUCCUGAAAUUAUAUGCUUGGGAAAAUUCUUUUCUGCAACAAGUAUUGGAUAUCAGAAACAAGGAAAUUCAACAUUUAAGAAGAAUGGCUUAUUUACAUUCUGUUACAGCAUUUAUAUGGACAUGUGCUCCAUUUGUGGUAUCAUUAACAUCGUUUGCAACUUUUGUCAUGAUCAGUGAACAUAAUAUCCUUGAUGCAAAAAAAGCCUUUGUGGCACUGACAUUGUUUCAUAUUUUGCGUUUUCCUCUAACUAUGCUUCCUAUGUUAAUCUCCAUGAUUGUGCAGGCAACAGUUUCUGUAAAGAGACUUAACAAAUUUCUGACUAAUGAAGAAUUGGAGCAAUAUGUAACUCAUGAUAAAUAUGAAAUUAAUCCAAUAGUUAUUGAACAUGGUACAUUCUCUUGGUCAAAAGAUGAAUCUGCAAUACUGAAAGAGAUAAAUAUCAACAUUCCAGAAGGAUCUCUAGUAGCUGUAGUUGGGCAGGUUGGUUCCGGAAAAUCAUCUUUGCUCUCUGCCAUGUUGGGUGAUAUGGAUAAAUUAGAAGGAAGAGUUAAUAUAAAAGGAAAUAUUGCAUAUGUAGCACAGCAAGCAUGGAUUCAGAAUGCCACAUUGAGAGAUAAUAUACUAUUCCAUCAUGCUAUGAAUCAUGAGAAAUAUAAUCAAGUAAUCAAAGCAUGUGCCCUGGAAACUGAUUUGACUGUUCUUCCUGGAGGAGAUAUGACUGAAAUAGGAGAAAGAGGGAUUAAUUUGAGUGGAGGACAAAAACAACGAGUGAGUAUAGCAAGGGCAGUCUACAGCAACAGUGAUAUAUAUUUAUUAGAUGACCCUUUAAGUGCUGUGGAUUCUCAUGUUAGCAAACAAAUCUUUGAAGAAGCUAUAGGGCCAAAAGGAAUUCUUAAAGAUAAAACCAGAGUUCUAGUUACUCACAGUAUAACUUAUUUAACACAAAUGGAUAUGAUUAUUGUAAUGAAAGAUGGAGAAAUUCUUGAAUCAGGUUCAUAUUCUGAACUGCUGAAUAAGAAAGGUGCUUUUGCUGAGUUUUUACUCCAGUAUUUAAGAGAAGAAACUGAAGACAUUGAUAAAUUGGAUGCUUCUGAAGUAGAAAUGAUGGAAGAAAUUAUGAUGAAAGUUGGCACUCCAAAUUUAGAGAGUCAGUUGUCAAGAACUUCAGUAGAUGGGGAUAUAGCUGAACGUCGUGCAUUAUUAAGAUCUCUCUCCAGUCAGAUGUCACAAGACAGUACAAGUAGCAAUAGAUCUAGUCCACUUAGAAGAUUAACUGAAAGUAAAUCAAAAUUAGAUGAUAUCAAAGAUGAAAAAUUAGCUAAUGGGCAAGUUGAUCCUUCAAAGCUUAUUCAGACUGAAACAAUGGAAACAGGAAAGGUAAAAUGGGAAAUAUACCUUUAUGGGAUUAAUUUGAGUGGAGGACAAAAACAACGAGUGAGUAUAGCAAGGGCAGUCUACAGCAACAGUGAUAUAUAUUUAUUAGAUGACCCUUUAAGUGCUGUGGAUUCUCAUGUUAGCAAACAAAUCUUUGAAGAAGCUAUAGGGCCAAAAGGAAUUCUUAAAGAUAAAACCAGAGUUCUAGUUACUCACAGUAUAACUUAUUUAACACAAAUGGAUAUGAUUAUUGUAAUGAAAGAUGGAGAAAUUCUUGAAUCAGGUUCAUAUUCUGAACUGCUGAAUAAGAAAGGUGCUUUUGCUGAGUUUUUACUCCAGUAUUUAAGAGAAGAAACUGAAGACAUUGAUAAAUUGGAUGCUUCUGAAGUAGAAAUGAUGGAAGAAAUUAUGAUGAAAGUUGGCACUCCAAAUUUAGAGAGUCAGUUGUCAAGAACUUCAGUAGAUGGGGAUAUAGCUGAACGUCGUGCAUUAUUAAGAUCUCUCUCCAGUCAGAUGUCACAAGACAGUACAAGUAGCAAUAGAUCUAGUCCACUUAGAAGAUUAACUGAAAGUAAAUCAAAAUUAGAUGAUAUCAAAGAUGAAAAAUUAGCUAAUGGGCAAGUUGAUCCUUCAAAGCUUAUUCAGACUGAAACAAUGGAAACAGGAAAGGUAAAAUGGGAAAUAUACCUUUAUUACUUCAAAUCAGUUGGAUAUGUAUGGAUGUGUUCAGUCAUUCUUGGAUACGUAGGUUUACAAGGUUUCACAGUUGGCUCAAAUAUAUGGCUUAGUGUUUGGAGCAAUGACAAACCAACUGUCAAUGGAACUCAGGAUAUCAAACUCAGAGAUUUACGGUUGGGAGUUUAUGGUGCAUUUGGAAUUGGAGAAGCUUUCAGUAUAAUUUUGGGAUCAGUAGCAUUAGCAUUAGGCUCAAUGAAAGCUUCUACAUUGUUACAUUAUAAUCUUCUGUCUAAUAUUCUACACUGCCCUAUGUCAUUUUUUGAGACUGUGCCACUUGGUAGAAUAGUGAACAGAUUUGCUAAAGACAUUGAUACCAUGGACUUGAAUAUACCAAUGAAUUUUCGAUCUUGGUUAUUAUGCUUUCUUCAAGUGAUAGCAACAAUCUUAGUAAUAUCAUUUGAAACCCCCAUUUUUCUAGGAGUCAUUGUUCCCAUUGGUCUUUUGUAUUAUUUUAUACAGAAAUUUUACAUAUCAACUUCGCGACAAUUGAAAAGACUGGAAUCGGUCACACGGUCACCAAUUUAUUCUCAUUUCUCUGAAACUCUGUCUGGUGUUAACACAAUACGUGCUUACAAUGCACAAAAUAAAUUUCUUCAGAUUUCUAAUGAAUUUGUUGAUACAAAUCACUGCUGUUUUUAUCCUAGUAAUGUUUCAAAUAGAUGGCUUGCAAUUCGUCUGGAGUUUUGUGGCAAUUGCAUUGUGUUUUUUGCUGCACUAUUUGCAGUUAUGGGAAGAGAUGACCUAAAUCCAGGAAGCGUUGGGCUUUCUGUCAGCUAUGCAUUAUCGAUAACUGCCACAUUAAAUUGGUUAGUGAGGAUGAGUUCUGAGUUGGAAACCAACAUAGUUUCUGUGGAGAGAAUGGCAGAAUAUACACUAGCAGAGAAAGAGGCAGAAUGGGAAAUAGAAAAUAGUCGACCUCCUCUGUCCUGGCCAACCAAUGGCGAAGUGGUAUUUGAUCGAUAUUCCACACGAUAUCGACAAGGAUUAAAUUUGGUUUUAAAGGGUAUUAGUUGUGAAAUAAAGUCUGGAGAAAAGGUGAAAUACUUUCAUUAA